AUGGCCGACCCAGCCAUCUCCACCCUGGUCGCCCUCCCCUCGCUACAGCCCUUCGUCACGCGCCUUUCGUCGGUACUCUGUUCGGCCGCUCCCCCACCCUGUCUACACAUCCACGCCCCGACCAACUCUCACCUCGUCCUCCCCAUAAUUCACCACAUACUCGACGAACAACGCCUGGUGAUCAAGCAUGCCCCUGCGCAACCUUCGGUGCAGGAGUUGCUCCCUCGAUACGCGAGCGUCGAAUUGAAUCAGCUGCAUUCGACGAGGCAGCUCUUUGAUCGGGUACUGAAUAAGCUUAGUGGGUUCGCUGGGGAGGGUGACGAGGAUGUGUGGGAUGAGAGGGCUAGAGCGGUCGCGUGUUGGGAUGGGAGGGAUCAGGGGUGUGAGGUUGUAAAGGUCGAUGUGGCGGCGUCGAAGAAGAGAAGCAGCGAGGACAAAGCGUCAGCGCGGAGAGGCAACAAGCGCAAGAGGGUCAGCAGGCUUCAAACACAGCAGCAGCAGCAGCAGCAGCAGCAGCAGCAGCAGCAGGAAACAGAAGGCGAAUCGAGUCAAGAUGAAGAAGAAGCCGUGGAAGAGGAAGCGAACGAGGAAUGGGUCAUCCGCUGGAACCGCUCGAAAGCACCCCCUAAAUCUACCAUCGCGCCUAUACACGACACGCUCGAACACUUUUUCGUCUCACUCUCUACCAUAUGUUCACUGGGAAAGGAAGAAGGCUCUCUACCAACACCCAGGAAGCGAUCUCGACCCAAUGCAAGCCGUGACGACGAAAACUCGGAUGCCGAAGAAUUUGCUGCUCUGAACGCCAAAAGGACGAUCGCGACACCGCAUCGCUUCAUCAUCUUGGACAAGGCUGAGAAGCUGUCAGAACUUCCAAGCGCGGGCACGGUAGGAGGUGCACCGAAAGAAACCGGGUUGGGCAUGACCUUCUCGAAUGCGAUGAGGAGGGUUGGCAGUUUGGUAAGAGAUUUUCUCACACAUGUCGCACUACGAUCACAGGUGACUGAACAUGGUAUUGACGACGCUUCGCAGUCCCGACUCCCGAUUUCGACCAUUUUGAUCUCGAGUUUGGCCCCGACCAAGCUGCGAGACUCCAUGGUCGGCAACGUCGAACCCCAGUUGCUCGUCUUCCCCGACUUAGGCCGAGGCAAUUUAGGUCAGACCCGGGCAAGCUCGGCGAGACAAAUGGACCUCCGCUGAUCGAGCUUCUUGUCUUCACUCCAGAUGCGUCGAACAAGAACGCUCCAGGAGAAGGCAUCGUCGCAUUACUCACCGCACGAUUUGCCGCGACCCAGCCCGCUUUCUCACCCAUGACAACCGACGAAACCGUGUCUCUUUUCCGCUCCCUCGUACAAGUGUUAUGGUCAAUCUUCAGCAACACCUACACCGAAGUCAACGAUUUCGCUCAUUUGGCAGCCAAAUUCUGGCCGAGCUGGUUGGAUUGUCUCGAUCAGGGUAGUCGUACGUAGCCGUCUCGUCGAUGGAGGCUUUUCCUGAGGUCAUAAAAGCUGAGCCAGCCGCUUCCGUCCUGUAGUGCCCGUCAAUCCGAAUCGGAUCUCGGCAUUGACCUCCCUUAUGAAAGCUGAGUUUGCACGUGAACACGAGCGACACGGAGCGCCUCGUCAAUCAUCCCACGUGGCAGAAGGACUCGCUUCACCGAAGAAGAAGAACGCCUCGACUCCCACGAAGACGACGAUGCGUGGGUUCAUCGGCUCGAUCCCGGACUUGCCUGCUCGCCCGAACUACCUUCCGAGCCCUUCAUCCUCGGUCGCUUCCCCUAUCUGGCCGGCUGCAUCCACUUCCGCCAGCACUCUUAACGACUCCAUCCCAUCCCCCAGCCUCUUCUCCGCUGCCGCUACAACGACCCCACUCGCUAAACGAGCCAAAGCAAUGAACCUCGCGGCUUCGAGCCCACUCACCUCGGCCGAAGUCGAGACCAAAGCUGAUCAAACUUUGGCCAAUUCGUUACCGUUUGUCGCGAGGAUGUUGAUCCUCGCGAGCUUCUAUGCGGCUUUCAAUCCGCCUAAAAGUGAUGUGAGGGUUUUCGUCAAGGUUGAUGAAGGGAUUGCUCGGAAGGGGAAGAAAGGGAGACAAAUCAAGAAAUUCAGGGUGGGGAAUAGUCCCACAAAGGUGAAGAAAUCCCGAUGGUCGAGCACCAAGAUUGAGACUUCGAGACUGAUGCAUAUCCCCCCCUUGCUAUUCAGGCACACAUCACUUCUUUGGAGUCAGGAGGCAAGGCCUUCCCUCUCGAACGCCUCUUAGCCAUCUUCGAAGCCCUCGUGGACGACCCUGCCAUCUCUUCUACAAUCGACGUGCAGAUGCAAGUAGCGACCUUGAUCAACCUGCGUCUGUUGCAACGCGUCUCGGCGCAGGAUAAAGUCUUGGAUGGGGUCAAGCUGAGGUGUAGAGUCGGGUUUGAGACGGUGGAUAUGUUGGCGAGGAGUUGUGGGAUGAAGGAUUGGAAAACGAGGUUGCAUCAGACCGAAUUCUAG